AUGGGUAUUCCCAAGUUUUUUCGGUGGAUCAGUGAGAGAUACCCUAUGUGUAGUCAAUUGAUUACAGAGAAGAGAGUUCCUGAAUUUGAUAAUUUAUAUCUUGAUAUGAAUGGUAUUAUUCAUAACUGUACACAUAUGGAUGAAAAUAAGAAAGAAAUUCCUGAGAAUGAGGCGUUUCUUGCAAUUUUUAAAUAUAUAGAGCAUCUUUUUGGGACAAUAAAGCCAAAGAAGCUUUUUUUUCUUUCUGUAGAUGGCGUUGCACCAAGAGCAAAAAUGAAUCAACAGAGAUCACGUAGAUUUAAAGCAGCAAAAGAAGCAUAUGAACUGUAUCAGGAGAAAAUUAGCAAGGGAGAAGAUGUUCCUAAAGAUCCUUUUGAUAGUAAUUGUAUUACACCAGGAACUUUGUUCAUGAAAAGAUUGUCGGAACAAUUGAAAUAUUUUAUAAAUAGAAAAGUAUCUGAGGAUACCAAUUGGAAAGGAAUUGAAAUAAUUUUUUCUGGCCAUGAAGUUCCUGGAGAAGGAGAACAUAAAAUUAUGGAGUAUAUACGUCUUUCAAAAGCACAGCCUGAUUAUGAGCCUAAUUUACGUCAUUGUUUAUAUGGUUUGGACGCUGAUUUAAUUAUGCUUGGUCUUCUUAGUCAUGAUCCUCAUUUUUGUUUACUACGUGAAGAGGUAUUGUUUGGUUCUGUAAAAAAGAAAAAACAAGAACUUGAAGAACAAAAUUUUUAUUUGAUGCAUUUAUGUUUACUUCGUGAAUAUCUUGAAAUGGAGUUUCAAGAACUUACUAAUAUACCAAAUUUUCCUUAUAAUUUUGAAAAAAUAAUCGAUGAUUUUAUACUUCUUGCAUUCUUUGUUGGAAAUGAUUUUUUACCUCAUCUUCCCAAACUUCAUAUUAAUGAGGGUGCUUUGGCUUUAGUUUUUAAAAUUUAUAAAAAAGUAAUUCCAAAAGCUCGUGGAUAUAUUAACAAUGCUGGUGUUAUAAAUUUAGAGCGUUUAGCUUUAGUUUUAGAAGAAUUAGAAAAGCAAGAAAGGGAAGAUUUUAGAAAUGAAUUAGAAGAUAAAAAUUGGGUUGGUUCAAAAAAAAAAGGUGUAUAUGAAGGGAUGCAUUUAAAUGAAAAAAAAAAGCUUUUAACGAUGACAUCUAAUCAGAAAAAACUGUUUUUGGAAAUGGAGAGGUUUGUUUCUGGGAAUUUAGAGACUUUGGUGUUACCAUCAACAUUAUCAGCAACAGAUAGAUCUUUUGUAUUUAAGAUGGCCGAUGAUUUUUAUGUUAAAUGCACAAAAUAUACUAUAGAAAAUGAGAAGUAUUUGCGUUUCGAAAAAGAUAAUAAAGUUGAAAAUGGUAAUGAAAUAAAAGAUAUUAUAGAUAGAGAACUUAGUAGAUAUAAAAAUGCUAUUAUUUUGGAUAUCGAAAAAGAUGACUCACAUAAAGAGGAUGCUAUAUUUGAAGAAAAAUGGAUAAAAUGGAAAGAUUCAUAUUAUAUUGAAAAACUGGGGUUUUCUAUUAAUGAUACAAAGAAAUUAAAAGAAAUGGCUGAAAAUUAUAUAGAAGGAUUGCAAUGGGUCUUAUUUUACUACUAUCGUGGAGUUUCUUCUUGGAGUUGGUUUUAUAAAUAUCAUUAUUCUCCAAAAGUAUCUGAUAUUAAAAAAGGUUUUGCUGCAAAUUUGUCGUUUACACUUGGUACUCCGUUUAAACCAUUUGAGCAAUUAAUGGCUGUAUUGCCUGAACGUAGUAAAAAGUUGGUUCCAAAGCCAUUUGCUGAUCUUAUGGUUAAUGAAACAUCUCCUAUACGUGAUUUUUAUCCUGAGGAUUUUGAGUUAGAUAUGAAUGAUAAAAAGGCUAGUUGGGAAGCGAUAGCAAAAAUACCUUUUAUUAAUGAAGAAUUGUUACUAAGUGUUAUUAAAGCGAAGGAGCAUUUAUUAACUGACGAAGAGAAAAAUAGAAAUACAUUUGGACAUAAUAUAAAAUAUACAUAUGAUGAGAAUCUUGACUAUAUUUAUGUACCAUAUAUAGAUGUAUUUCCGCUUAUUCCUCAUUGUCAUUGCAAAGCAGAAGUAUAUAAAUAUCCGGAGAUACUAGGAGUAGAACAAUUUAUAUAUGGGUUAUGUAAAGGUGUUAAUCUUGGUAAUACGUCUCCUGCUGGAUUCCCUACUUUAAAUACUUUGCCACAUACUAAUUACUUGGAUCAUCAAGGAGUAAAUGUUUUUAAAUCAGAGAGUAGAAAUGAGUCUAUGAUAAUAAUAAUACAGAACCAGGUAGAUUUGGAAACUGUAGAAGAAUUUGCACAAAAAAAAAUAGGCAAAAGAGUAUUUGUUGGUUGGCCAUAUUUACACGAGGCUAGGUUAAAUGCUAUUUCAACUGAGGAAUUUCGAUAUGAGGGAGUUUUUUCACCUGAAAAUUCUAUUGUUACAGUUUCCAAAACACAUAAUGAUUUUGCUGCAUGGAAAAAAGUUGCUUUAAGACUUGAAUCAAAUUAUAAGAAGCAUUAUGGUGCAAUAAUUAAUACUGUUCAGGCUAUUGCUCAUGUUUCAAUGUUAAAAGGGUUACGUAAAACCGAAAAUGGUGCUUCUGAAAAAGAUUAUGAACCUUGCAAUAGUCAAAAUCCUGAACAUCCUUUACAGCUUGUAUUAAAUGAAGUUUUUGUUGAAGAUUCACGAUAUAUUGAAAAACCUCCACUCGAUAUUAAACAGGAGUAUCCUUUAGGAUCUAGAGGUUUUUUUCUUGGAGAGUAUAAUUAUGGAAGACCACUUGAAAUAACUGCUCAUAAAAAUGGAAAAAUUGAUUGUUGGAUAGCAACUCAGACCAGAGAGCCUGAAUUUGGUAAAUUAAUAUUUCAAAAGUUUUCUAAAAGAACAGUUUAUUAUCCGUCAUAUGUUGCAGCUAAAAUAGUUGGAUUAACUGGAAUAGCCUUUUCAAAAUUAAUGUCAAGUUUUUUUGUUAUAGUCGAUAAACAAAAAGUUAAUCUUGGAUUGAAUUUAAAAUAUGAAGCAAAAAAAAUCAAAGUCCUUGGAUAUUCAAGAAAAACAGAAAAGGGGUGGGAAUAUACACAAGAAGCUAUUAAUCUUAUACAAGAGUAUAAAAAAAGGUUUCCUGAUUUUGUUCUUUCAGUUCAAUCGCAUGUUUUUGAUGAUAUUCCAUUGAUUAAUAAAUUGAUUCCUGAAAAAAAUUAUAAAGAAAAAGUAAAAGAAAUUAGGUCUUGGUUAAAAAUUAUUAAUGAAGAGAAUAACUUUGAAAAAGUUUCUUUGGAUGUUGAACAAUUGGAUCAGCUUUCAAUGCAAAUGGUUGAAAAAGAAUUGGAUAAGAUAUCAGAGAAUAUUCCACUGUUUACACCCAGACGCAUCAACAAUGUACCCAGGAAUGCAAUUUUGAAACCUUCACAAUGUGAGCUUAGGCUACAAGAUCAGGAAUUUUCUCUUGGAGAUAGGGUUGUUUAUGUUCAUGAUUCGGGUAAGGUUCCAAUAGCGACAAAAGGAAUCGUUGUAAGAACUGGGAAAAAAGUAAUUGAUAUCAUUUUUGAUGUUCCAUUCAUGAGUGGAACAACUUUAGGGGGGAAAUGUUCUGCGUAUAGAGGAUUAUCUGUAGAAACUCAUUUUCUGCUUAACUUGACUAAACGCACUUUGAUUGUUUCUACGAAAACAUCUGUUAACAAAAACAAUACCCGGAUUGAGCCUAAUAUACAUGCUACACAACUAAAAACACCUCACUCAUUCUCUCGGCCUGCUCAUUCUUUUCAAAAAAAGGUGUAUUCAAACACUUCUCAAGACAUACAGCAUACAUAUUACCAUAAUCCAUCUACACAGUCUUUAAAUACAUCGGAUUUCAAAAGAGGCACACAUCAUUUUUUGGGGAACAGCACUAAAGCAUCUUUUCAAAACACUUCUAAGGCAUCUUUUCAAAAUAUUUCAAAGUCGUAUCAUUCAAUCUCUUUACAUUCUCAUUCAUACUCGACAAAAUACAAGAUAAAGGAAACAAGUGCUCUUCACACUACAUAA